CUUUACUAUUUUUAGCAGAUGAUUAAACUGCUAGCAGCGGGAAGUGUUUUCUUUCUAAAGAUGCAUUACAAAUGCUCAAUCUGAUUGUUAAUCGGAUAUCCGAUAUAAAGCCUGGAUGUUUGUCUCGUAACUGAUGAUGAUGAUGAUGAUGAUGAUGAUGAUGAUAAAUGCUGCUGCUGCUGCAGCUGUAAUGUUACAUGUGAAAUCAGACUUUACACCCUGAAGGCCAGAAGUAAAGCUAAUAAACUUCUGACUUAACUGCCAAUACACAGUCAUUAAACGGUCAUUUCCGGUCUCUCUUCCUGUCAUGCCGACCUCGAGGAACACCGAUCCCAAAAGACCUCAGCUGGACUGGAGGUUCCUUAAGAGAUUCUGCAGAAUUGUAACCGUGCUGUUCCCGAGCUGGUGCAGUCAGAAUGUGGUCAUGUAUGGGACGCUGCUUGUAGUUGCUCUAUUAGUUCAGCUGGUGGUUUAUCAGGUGGGUCUGAUCCCGAGUCAGUUCUACGGCGUGUUGUCGGAGAAGAACUACGGCAAUUUUAAGGAGCUGGUGGCGUUUUCUAUUCUGCUCAUUUUGCUGAACUCUGCACUGAAGAGUCUGGAGCAGUACAUCAGCAAUCUCCUCUACAUCGGCUGGAGGAAAUGUCUAACACAGAACCUUCAUCAAGAUUACUUUAGCGGACGGGUCUACUACACGCUCAACGUGCUCCGGAAAGACAUUGAUAACCCAGACCAGAGAAUGACUCAGGACGUAGAGAGGUUGUGUAAGCAGUUGAGCAGCAUGGCAAGCCGACUGGUCAUUUCCCCAUUCACCAUCUCCUACUACUCGUACCAGUGCUUUGAAAUCACUGGAUGGAUUGGAUUAGUCAGUAUCCUUGGCUUCUUCCUGGUUGGCACGGUUGUCAACAAGCUCCUGAUUGGACCCAUCGUGUCCACUUUGGUUGAGCAGGAAAAGCUUGAAGGAAACUUUAGAUUCAAGCACAUGCAGAUUAGAGUCAAUGCAGAAUCAGCAGCUUUCUACAGGUCAGUUUGUUCUGCUCCAAUGGCUGUGAGUGUUGUGUUUCCUCCAAACUGUAUUGUGGUAUUGAGCAGGACUGUCCUUCCUGCCAGUGAAGUGAAAAUGUUUAAAUAUCUUACUGUUCAUUUUGUAAUCAGAGCAGAAGAGGUGGAACAUGUGCGGACAGACCACAGAUUUCAGAGUCUCUUAGACACACAGAGGAAGCUGAUAAACAGGGAGCUGCUGCUCUAUAUUGGAAUAAACACGUUUGACUACAUGGGAAGUAUCCUCAGCUACAUCAUCAUCGCCAUACCCAUCUUUGCGGGUGUGUACGAUGGUUUGACCCCGGGGGAAAUCACCUCUCUCGUCAGCAAGAAUUCCUUUGUGUGUAUAUACCUGAUUAAUUGUUUCACACAACUCAUAGAUCUUUCCACGACAGUCUCUGAUGUGGCAGGUUACACGCACAGAAUUGGAGAACUACAGGAAGUGAUGAAGGACAUCAGCAGGAAACAAUGUGAUCAGGACCGUGUUUAUGCCGGGAUGAGUAACUUUGACAGCAGAGACGGAGAAAUCUCAAGCACGUCCAGCGAUCCAGCUGUCACACUGGACAAGCUCUCCUUUACGUCUCCUGUCUCCGAGGAGCUGCUGGUGAAGGAUUUAAGUCUCAAGGUUUAUGAGGGUGUACACUUGCUGGUGGUGGGAAACACAGGCACUGGGAAAACAUCUCUUCUCAGAGUCCUCAAUCUUCUUUGGGAACCUUAUAGUGGUUUUGUUCGGAUGAAUGCAUGUUUUGGGCCGAGGGGAAUCAUGUACUUACCUCAGAAACCCUUCCUGACUGACGGCACUCUUCGAGAACAGGUGAUCUUCCCAUUAAACAACAUCUAUCCAGUCACGGGUCCAGUUGAUGAUGAGAGAAUUUUGCGAUACCUGGAACUGGCUGGGAUGUCGAGUCUUGUGAAAAGGACUGGAGGUCUAGAUGAGGAAGUGGACUGGAACUGGUAUGACGUCUUAUCACCGGGAGAGAUGCAGAGACUGUGCUUUGCCAGGCUUUUCUACCUGCAGCCAAAAUACGCAGUGCUGGACGAAGCCACCAGUGCUCUCACGGAAGAAGCUGAGGAACAGAUGUACAGAGCUUGUAAACAGCUGGGUAUGACUCUGAUUAGUCUGGGUCACCGCAGCAGCCUCAAGCAGUAUCAUGAUGUCAUGCUGAAGCUGUGUGGAGGUGGUCAGUGGGAAAUUAUUCCAUUGGAAAAGAAGUGACCUUCCAAAAAAAACCAAAAAUCUGAUUUCCCCCCAUUUUAGGAGGGUUUUAUGAAGUUUACAGGGAAAUGUGUGAAUAUCAUUUUCACUGAUAUUUUGAUAUGUCAAACUGUAAGGAACCCUAAUAGCUGUAUCUCAGUGGAUAAGACAUCAGACUUCUGUCAGAAGGUUGUGAGUUCAAAUCCCGGCAUCGGCAUGUUGCCACUUGGGUCCCUUGAGAAAGACCCUCAACUGCUCAGUUGUAUAAAUGCAAUCAUUGUCGCUCUGCAUGAGGGCAUCUGCCAAAUGGCAUAAAUAUAAAUGUGUCUCAUUUCUUGAAAUUACAGCUGAUUAGCUUUUUGAAUAAAAUCUAAAUCUGGAUUUUUUUUUUCCAUUUCUAAAUGUGGACACCUUUUACUCUUUCUAUGAUUCUAAAUGUAUAUUAAAAACAGGAUAUAUUGAGGUCUUCUUGCAUUAUAAUCAGUACACCAUGCAUUUUAUUGUACUUCUGAGGUAACGUAAUAUAAUGGUGAAGGUACAAUCAUUUCUUUAAUUAAUUUGGUUUUGGAAUAAACCUGUUCUGUGUAUUUCUGUGUAACUUGUUGAAAGUGUACAUUAAAUAAAAAAUGUUUUUUUUUAUAACACUU